UCUUUGCAACUUUUGAAGAGCCGCCGUCAACACAGGAGAGAUUUGCCGACGUGAUUUUACAGAUAAACUAUUAGUAAUUGUUGAAAUAGUCGAUAAACAAUGGCAAACGUAGCCGGUCCCAUGAUGGCAGGUGCAAAUCCGAUGUCGGAUUCCUUGGUCCCGGACUGGGCACAUGCUGAACACAGUACUGGAACUUCAAUCAUGGCUUGUGAAUUCGAAGGUGGUGUUGUCAUUGGAGCUGAUUCACGCUCCACUACUGGAGCUUAUGUAGCCAACCGUGUGGCUGACAAACUAACAAAAGUGACCGACUACAUCUACUGCUGUCGUUCAGGAUCAUCGGCAGAUACUCAGGCAAUCUCAGACAUUGUAAACUAUCAUUUGGGAUUUCACAGAAUGGAGUUGGGAAUGGAGCCGCGCGUCGAGACAGCAGCAAACGUUUUCAGGGAGCUCUGCUACAACUACCGCGACUCUCUCAUGGCUGGAAUCCUCGUAGCUGGCUGGGACUCGGUCAAAGGAGGUCAAGUUUACAGCGUGCCUUUGGGAGGCAUGUGUCUCCGUCAGCCCAUCUCUAUUGGUGGCUCAGGCUCCAGCUACGUCUACGGUUACGUCGACGCCAACUACAAGCCCGGCAUGACCAAGGAUCAAACCAUUGAGCUCGUGACCAACACGCUGGCCCUCGCCAUGUCUCGUGACGGAAGCAGCGGUGGUGUCAUUAGAUUAGGAGUAAUCACCGACAAAGGCAUCGAGCGCAAAGUGAUUCUGGGAAACCAGCUGCCCAAGUUCUACGAGGGAUAAUUCUGUUUUGGCUUGUUCGUAACGUACGAUUGUAACGGGAUGUCGAUGAGUACACACACAUACACCGCGCACUAUGUUUAAUUCUAAUCUAUUCUACAUUUGAUAUAAAUAAAUUAAAGGUACAUGAACCAAAA